GAGUAAGCAGCCACAAGUGUCGAAGUGUGAGAAUGGAGGUUUCAAGGUGGUGCAAAAUGUGAAGCUUCCAGAUGCAUCAAUAUCAGCUUGGUUGGACACAAAAAUGAGUGCCGCAGUGUGCAAACGUGCAUGCUUGAGGAAUAUUUGUUCAUGCCUUGCGUAUUCAAGCCUAGAAAUUGAUGGAGGAGGUGGUUGCUUGGCCUGGUAUGGUGAAUUGAUGGACAUUUUAUUGUUUGCAGAGGAGGGAAGUGACUUCUAUGUUCGAGUGGAUUCAUCUGAAUUAGCUGCCGGAAAAUCAAGAGGUUUCCUCAGAAGAAAGGGAACACUUGCUAUCCUAAUUCUGCCAAUUUUAGUGGCACUGUAUCUCAUCAUGUUUGCUUAUCGGUGGCUUAUGAAAAAGAGGAAGAGAACAGGUAUGAGAGUUUCAUCUCCCAUGAUAAGAACAUGGUGGAGACAAUACUCUCACUUUACUCAUUACACCGAGUCUAUGGAGGAGAAUGAGCUAGAGGACACAACAAACCAUCCCGAUAUGCAACUUUUCCAUCUGAGCACGAUAAUAGCUGCAACAGAAGACUUCUCUCUGGCUAAUAAACUAGGAGAGGGUGGAUUUGGCUCUGUUUUUAAGGGUCAGUUAUCCAAUCAACAUAUGAUUGCUGUGAAAAGAUUGUCCAUGAGUUCAAGACAAGGCAUUGAAGAAUUCAAAACUGAAGUUAUGCUCAUCGCAAAACUUCAACACAGGAAUCUGGUGAAACUAUUAGGAUGCUGUAUAGAGAAAGAAGAGAAGUUGUUAAUCUACGAGUAUUUGCCAAACAACAGCUUGGACUCUUUUCUUUUCGAUCAAACUAGAAGAUCCAUCUUGGAUUGGAGAAAGCGGUUUGACAUAGUCAUUGGAGUUGCUCGUGGAAUAUUGUAUCUUCAUCAAGAUUCAAGGUUGAGAAUUAUCCAUAGGGAUCUAAAAACCAGCAAUGUUCUUCUAGAUGCUGAAAUGAAGCCAAAAGUUUCAGAUUUUGGCAUGGCCAGAAUAUUCAAUGGGGAUCAACAACAACAUGAGACGAACAGAGUUGUUGGAACCUAUGGUUAUAUGUCACCGGAGUAUGCAGUGUAUGGGAAAUUUUCAACAAAGUCAGAUGUAUUUAGUUUUGGGGUCAUAUUGUUGGAGAUUGUAAGUGGCAAGAAAAACAAUGCUUCUUAUCAGGAGGAUCAUUCUCGCAAUUUGAUAGGUCAUGUUUGGGAUCUAUGGACAGAACAGAGAGCCUUAGACAUUGUGGAUUCAUCACUAAAGUCAUAUCAUAUUGAUGAAGUCCUGAGAUGCAUUCAAAUUGCGCUCUUAUGCCUGCAAAAAGAUGCAGCGGAUAGGCCAGCUAUGUCAGAAGUUGUUCUAAUGUUGAGUGGUGAAAGAGCUCUUGCAUCCCCUCAACAGCCAGCAUUCAUCUUCAAAUGCAAUAAUGCUGAUCCAUUGAUAGAAGAAGGAUCAUAUUCUACUAAUUAUCUGACAAUGACUGAAACACCGAAAAUGUUUUUGAAUACUUUUCUUCUGUUCCUUCUCUUCCCUUUUUGCAUUUCCAUAGACACCAUAGGACCAAACCAGUAUGUCAACGAUGGUGAGACCAUAGUGUCUAAAGAAAUGAAGUUUGAGCUAGGCUUCUUUAGCCCUGGCAACUCUAGUUAUCGGUAUGUUGGAAUUCGGUAUGCUAAAAUACCUGAAAAACCAGUGAUAUGGGUGGCAAACAGGGACAAUCCGAUUAAUGAUUCAUCUGGUGUCCUCACAAACAGGUAUGGAAACUUGGUUCUUUAUGCUUAUAAGGAAAACUUAACUAUUUGGUCCACAAAGGUGUCAGACCAAACUACUACUAGUACUUCAGCUCAAAUUUUAGAUACAGGAAACUUGAUUUUGGUCCAGAGUAACAGUGAAGACUUUUUAUGGCAAAGCUUUGAUUAUCCAACGGAUACUAUGAUUCCAGGAAUGAAACUUGGGUUGAAUCGUGAAACAGGUCUGGAUAGCUUCAUAACAUCCUGGAGGUCAGAAGAUGACCCUGGAACUGGAGAUUAUUCAUAUAGGCUCAACCUGACUGGCUCCCCACAAUUCAUUCUGUAUAAUGGUUCAACUAGGUAUUUUCGAACUGCUAUGUGGCCAUGGAGCCCAUCACCGAGUACAACACCUUAUGCAUAUGACUACACUUUUGUCAAUAAUCAAGAUGUGACAUAUUUGAUUGAUUCUUCUAAUAAAUCCUCUGAAAUUUCAAGACUUGUGGUUAACUAUUAUGGCACACUUCAGCACCUAACAUGGAAUGAUGUUGAGGGUCAAUGGAAGGAAAAGUGGGCUGCACCAAAGUUCAGGUGUGACCCAUACGGACAUUGUGGCGCCUUCAGUGGAUGUAGUCUUGACAAUGUUCAAUCUGAGUGUUCUUGUUUGCCAGGGUAUCAACCAAGUUCUUCAGAGAAUUGGUCUGAGAAAAUUUGGUCAGAUGGGUGUGUGAGUAAGCAGGUAGAAGUACCUAAUAAGUGUGGAAAAAGUUUCGUGAGGGUGGAACAUGUGAAGCUUCCAGAUGCAUCAAUAUCAGCUUUGCUGGACACAAAUAUGGGUGAAAGUGAGUGCAAGAGGGCAUGCCAGAAUAAUUGUUCAUGCGUCGCAUAUUCAAGUCUAGAAAUUGAUGGAGGUGGUGGUUGCAUGGCAUGGUAUGGGGAAUUGGUGGACACUUUAAUACUGGCAGAGCAGGGACGAGAUUUCUAUGUUCGAGCAGAUGCAACUGAGUCAGCUGAGAAUGACAGAAAAUCAAGAGGUUUCCUCAGAAGGAGGGGAAUGCUUGCUGUUCUAAUUAUACCUGUUCUGCUGGCACUUUCUCUGAUCAUGUUGGCCUAUUGCUGGUUUAUCAAGAGGAAGACUGAAGCCGGUAGAUUGAGAAGAACAUGGGGGAGACAAUACUCUCAUUUUAGUACUUACAAUGAGUCUAUGGUGGAGAAUAAAGUAGGGCAAACUAGUAGACACCCAGAUUUGCAACUUUUCCAUCUCAGCACAAUAAUAGCUGCAACAAAUGACUUCUCUCUGGCUAAUAAACUCGGAGAAGGUGGUUUUGGCUCUGUUUAUAAGGGCCAGUUAUCCAACCAACAGAAGAUUGCUGUGAAAAGAUUGUCCAAGAGUUCAAUACAAGGGGUUGAAGAAUUUAAAAACGAAGUUACACUCAUUGCAAAACUUCAACACAGGAAUCUUGUGAAGCUAUUAGGUUGUUGUAUAGAGGAAGAAGAGAAGUUGUUAAUCUAUGAAUACUUGCCAAACAAAAGUUUGGACUUCUUUCUUUUUGAUCAAAGUCAAAGGUCGGCCUUGGAUUGGAGAAACCGAUUUGGCAUAAUUACUGGAGUUGCUCGUGGAAUUUUGUAUCUCCACGAAGACUCAAGGUUGAGAAUUGUCCACAGGGAUCUGAAACCCAGCAAUGUCCUGCUUGAUGCUGACAUGAAGCCAAAAAUUUCAGAUUUCGGCUUGGCCAGAAUAUUUGAUGGGGACCAACUGCAGGAUGAGACAAAAAAAAUUGUAGGGACAUAUGGUUAUAUGUCACCAGAGUAUGCAGCAUAUGGAAAAUUUUCAACAAAAUCAGAUGUGUUUAGCUUUGGGGUCAUACUGUUGGAGAUUAUAAGUGGCAAGAAAAACAAUGCUUCUUAUCAGGACGAUCAUUCCCUCAAUUUGAUAGGACAUGUAUGGGACCUAUGGAGAGAACAGUGUGUCCUAGACGUUGUAGAUUUCCUACUGGAGUCAUAUAACAUUGAUGAAGUCCUGAGAUGCCUUCAAAUUGGGCUUUUAUGCCUGCAAGAAGAUACAACAGACAGGCCAACUAUGUCCGAAGUUGUCCUAAUGUUGAGUGGUGAAAGAGCUCUUGCAUCCCCUCAAAGACCAGCAUUCAUCUUCAAAAACACUUGCAAUUGCCACAAUAGUUCCCGCUUAUCAAUAACAGGAGGAUCUUAUUCUGCUAAUGAUCUGACAGUCACUAAAGUCGUAGGACGAUGAAGAUUCAGUCUCUCAGUGGCUGCAUAUGUUUCUUUAAUGGGACUCGGGUGAACAAAGCUGUAGGUCAAGAAAAUGGAAGUGUUUUGUGGUUUAUGAUGGAAUUUUUUGUUUUGCAUUCCUCUGUUUUCUUCGACUGUGCAAGUGUUUCUAAUCCAGGCUGAAGGAGACUUAGGAGGACUGUUUUCUUUUGCAUUUUUGCUCUCUAAAUUACCUUGCAUUCUUAGUGUAAUACUCUGUAAAUUUGUGACACAGACCAUAUAAUUAGUUACAAUUAGUUAAUUUCUGUAAGCCUAGGAAAAUUAAAGGAGUUAAGAUUAAGCUUUUGAGAUUAGUUUUUUUAUCUCAGUAAUUUUUAAGCAUGCGUAGGACAAAUUUUUCUGAAA